UAUUGAUUUAGGAUUGGGACAAUUGCUAUCUGAUUUCGAAGCGCGCAUGGAUCGGGAUUAAUUUGAUAAUUGCAUCGAAUUUGCAUUCGAUUUAGGUUUGCUGAAGAACUUCAGCGCACUUCAGGCGCUUAACAUGAACGCAGGGGAGUACAUUCGGUUUGCCUAAUCUCCAAUCCAAUAAGCUCAAUGUGACUCUGGAUGUGUGUGUGAUCUCUAUGGAACUAUACUUGAUAAAGUGAACGGGGAAAUUAAAUUGUUUUUUUCAAACAAAAAAAUAUUGGAUUCGGUUUCGUGCGAGAAGAAAUAUAAAAAUAAGUAUGUUGUUUGAAAAGAGGCAACACUCGUAGUACGAACGAAAACACGCAGCACAGUUGAAAAUAUGGCUACAGCUUGUGUGGACAACGAUGAGUUCUGGAGGGUGUGUGCCAAUUGGCUUACACAGCUGGAGCUGCUCCGGGCAGAUCACAGGGCCAACUGGAGUGAAGCCCUCAUCGUUGACCUUGCCAGCACCCUCAGAGAUGGAGUGCUCCUCUGCAAUUUGCUCAACAAACUGGAGCCGGGAUGCAUAGAUCCAAAAGACUUCAGCCAGAAGCCAGCCCUGGCUCAAUUUUUGUGUUUACGGAAUAUAACGUUAUUUCUGACUACAUGCAAGAACAAUUUUGGCCUGUCAGAUGAUGAGCUCUUUGAGCCAUCCAUGCUUUUCGAUUUAACAAACUUUCACUCAGUUCUGUGCACAUUGUCAGCAUUAUCAUUGACUCACAAAUCUUUAAAAAGCAAAGUCCCGGGAUUUUCAGUGAAAGAUGAAAAAACAGAAGAGGAGGAGGCCAUAUAUCUCAGACUCAAAUCAGUCGUUGUGAGUGAUUUGAGGCCUGUGGCAAGCGGGGGUGGUGUGAACGAGCCCAGUUGGCUCCAGUUCACCAUCCCUUGUCCGAGGCCGGAUGAUAGAGAGGAGGAGGUCUACGAUGAUCUCUGCUAUGUCACUUUUUCUUCUUGUUUACCCGAGCUCGUCGGAUCGCAGCCUCUGGAAAAAAGGGAUUACGUCAUAAAGGAAUUAAUGGACACGGAGAGUAACUACGUGGACGUGCUCAGCAAAAUACAGAAGUAUUACAUCAAUCCGCUCGUCAAGUACAUGAAUCCGGACGAUCACAAUACGAUUUUCAAUUACAUUAAUGAUUUGCUCACUAUACAUUUAGACUUUAGGAAUCAGCUUAUAGAUAUUCAGGUGGAUAAAACGAAAAAGCUGAGCGCUAUUUUCAUGGGCAUGAGGGAGAGGUUCCUCAUAUAUGGCUCAUUUUGCUCUAAUUUAAUGGAUGCUACCAAUCUUCUGCAAGAUCUGUGCGAUAACAGCGAGAUUCUUUGUAUGGCCGUCGCCAAGUCUGACAAAGAAGCGAACUCUGGUAAAUUCAAGCUUAGGGAUUUAUUGCAAGUUCCGAUGCAGAGAAUAUUGAAGUAUCAUUUGCUACUGGAAAAACUAGUCGAAUCUACAGACCCCAAUCAUGAAGAAUAUAAAGAACUGAAGAGGGCUCGUGAAGCGAUGGUGGACGUCGCGAAUUAUAUAAACGAAAUGGCCAGAGAUAAAGACCAUCUGAAUGUGCUGAAGGAGGUGCGUAAGAACAUGGUGUGGGAUGGAAACGAUUUCCCUAUAGAAACUUGCGGUCGGUUACGAAAGGAUGGUGAAAUCAAAGUGAAAGAACACUCUGAGAAGGCAACAAAGUCCCGCUACGUGUUCAUCUUCGACAAGUAUAUGUUCCUCACGAAGCAGACGCGUCCGAAUCAGUUCAUGUUUAGGGGGAAGUUGGACCUGGCCGACUUCACGAUCGAGGACCACAAUAACAGAGCUCUCAUGAACCAAGGUCCUCGAUGGGCAUACCAAUGGCACAUGUUUAACAGCAGAAGAUCGGUGGUGUACACCAUGAGCGUGAAGAGUAUAGAAAACAAGGAGAUGAUGAUAAAAGCUAUCAAGGACGCUAUUGACAAUAUAAGGCCGAGCAGUUUAUCCCUGACGAAUCACCAGUUCACCAUGUACAAUUUCGAGAACCCCGUGUCUUGUAACCGUUGCUCAAAAUACCUUAAAGGCCUAAUCUACCAAGGAUACAAGUGCGGAGUGUGCGGCAUUGCCGUCCAUAAGGAAUGCAUAUGCACGUCAGGCCGUUGCGGCAUUCCCCUACCCAUUCGUCCCAGCUCUUCGUCUACGGAACCAUUGGGUCUGCAGUCAAAACUAUGGUUUGCCGGUGAGAAAGACAGAGCGGAAGCCGCCGGUAUAUUGGAGAAGAGGAAACCGGGCACCUUCUUAGUCCGGAUACGCAUGCUGAACAAUCCCGAGAAAUACGCGCUCAGUCUAAAGACUAUGAUAGGAGUAAAGCACAUGAAGAUCCUUUGCAACAUGGAAGGAACCCAACCCAAAUACCAUCUGUCGAUUUCCCGUUUCUUCGGUAGCGUCGAAGAGAUGGUCGCAAAUUACCAGCACGUCAGUUUGAAGGAGAACUUCGAGCGACUGGAAGAGUACGAUAAGCUCGAGUAUCCUUAUAGACAAAUCAAGUGCAUGGCCACGCAAUCUUAUCAUCCUGCAGAACCGGGACGUUUGUGGUUUGACGAGAAGGAAACCGUCAUUAUCAUUGACAAAGAGGAAACAGAUGGUUGGUCCAAAGGAUUGGCACGUAGAGGCAUGGGUUAUUUUCCUACCAAAUACGUUUGUGAACAGGAGGAAAUUUUAUACGAUUUCACUUUCGACUAAUAAACAACUGAACGAACUUUAGCUAGUCAAAAAAAUGUAAUGAAGAGAACGAAACAACAAAUUUAUUUUGCAAUAAUAAGAAAAAGGUCGUAAGUUGCAAAAAACGACAGAAGGCUCGAAUCGUUUUAACACUUACGAUCGUUUUAAUUUCAAGUGAUGUGAUUUCGUUUUGUUCCAGCUGUCUGUAAUAACGAUUUUUAAAAAAAAAAUACCAUUCGCUGGGAUAUAUACAUAUAUCAAGAGUUAUUUUCUGUGUUAGAUAGCUCAAAAAAUCUAGUUUCUUUUUUAAUCUAUACAUAUAUAUUUACUACGAAAUUUUAAGGAUUGAUUAUUUAUAUCCGGGGUUAAGCAAAUGUUUCUACUAUAUUUCUGUAACUAAAAAAAAAACAAUAUUAUGCGUGCAAAUUGAAGUGCAUUCUUUUAUACGAUAAUCUUAUUGAUUAUUCAAAUAGAAUUUGCAUGUAAUUGCGCAUUCGAUAGGCUACGUGAACUUUUAAUGGAGGAUAUGAUAUCAAUUAUGUUGUCUCAACAAUGUACACUUAUGUAUGUAAUAUUUUAGUAGUGCCAUGUAUUUUUUUCUGUUUCUUUUAAAUUGUUUAUUAUUAUU